AAAACCCAAAAAGCAAUCGGGUAAAGCGGCUCAGCUGGUGCUAAGAGAUCCAGACAAAGAGGGUUUGCUGAACUGAUACAGUUUUACCUCACCGUUGGUUUUUGGCGAUCUAUCGUAAACAUUAAGCUAACGAGCUUACUGGAAACCAGGCACAUUUUGGACAUUCCAGGCAAGUUAAAAUAGACGGGCAUGGCGCUGUCUUUGUCAUCUCCGUGUGGAUGCCCCUCUGAUGAGGAGGAGGAAAUGGCUGUGUUUGAAUCUACAGCAGCAGAGCACGGAGGUUUGGCCAGACCACGUCUACCAGAGAUCUCUGUUAUUUCCCCGGGCCUGGACACAAGGCCAUCCAUUACAGGGCCGAAAGUAGCAGUGAAACCUCAAAGCUGCGAUGAAGGGGCCGCUGAGAGGGUGAAGGUUUUCCUGCGCAUCCGACCACUUACGGACACGGAGCGAUCCAGAGGGGAAGAGCAGGGUUGUGUGGCUAUCCAAGACGAAGAGACCCUGCUGCUUAAAGCUCCAAACGACUCUCAGAACAUGAGAGCAGCAGAACGAGGCAUCACUCCGAGUAUUCACAAGUUCAGUUUCACGAAGAUAUUUGGUUCUGAGACAGCGCAGCAACAGUUUUAUGAGAGCACAAUGAAGGCGAUGAUAAACGAUGUGCUUCGAGGAGAAAAUAGACUUCUCUACACUUACGGUGUAACCAAUUCUGGAAAGACGUACACCAUUCAGGGCAGCGGUCGAGAGGCAGGCCUGCUGCCCCGGGCUUUAGUGUCCCUGUUUAGGAAACUGCAGGGCCGUCUGUACGGUGGCAUGAACCUGAAGCCUGUCUUGUAUCAGGAUGUGAGGCAGCUCAGUGCCAGUGAAGUCAAGGCAGAAGAAAUCCGCAGAAACUCUCUGCUCAAAGAGGAUGGGAAUUCUCGUUGCACCGGCACCACCACAAUCUGGGAUAGUGGCAUCGGAGGACUCUCUGCUACCACUACCUUUGGCACUCAACUGGAAGACACGGACAGUGUUUGUCUGGAGCCGGACAGCCUGUCGCACAGCGGAGGGGAAGAUCUGGAGGAAGGAGUGCAGUUUUCAAUCUGGGUGUCCUUUUAUGAAAUCUACAACGAGUUCCUGUACGACCUACUGGACGCCUCGCCCUCCCAGCAGCCCCGGAAAAGAGUCACGUUGCGGCUAAGCGACGACAAGCAGGGCAACCCCUACGUGAAAGACCUGACCUGGAUCCAGAUCCGCAGCGCCGAGGAAGCCUGGAGGAUUCUGAGAGUUGGGCGUCGCAACCAAAGCUUCGCCAGCACUCACCUCAACCAGAACUCCAGUCGCAGCCACAGCAUCUUUUCCCUCCGUGUCCUGCACGUCCACCCUGGAGCAAAUUCAGGCCAGGCCAUGCACAUUAGCGAGCUGACUGUGUGUGAUUUGGCUGGGUCCGAACGCUGUAAAGAUCAGCGUAAUGGUGAGAGGAUGAAGGAGGCCAACAAUAUUAACACCUCCCUCCUAACACUGGGGCGCUGCAUUGCUGCCCUGAGGCACAACCAGAGCAAUAAGUCACGGCCUCCUCAAGUGGUGCCUUUCAGGGACAGUAAGCUGACCCGUGUCCUGCAGGGAUUCUUCUGUGGGCGAGGAACCUCCACCAUGGUGGUCAACAUCAAUCCAUGUGCAUCCAUCUAUGACGAGACCCUCCAGGCCCUCAAAUUCUCUGCUAUUGCUACCCAACUCGUCCACGGCCCGUCCACGAAGACCAGAGUGGCCUACAUCCUGUCUCUCCUUCGUGAUCCAACAGGAAAUGGUAAUGACAGCACGGUGAUGGAGGAGGAAGAGGAUGAGAGUGAUGUCGACGAUGGAGAUAUCACCAUGUUAGAUACUAAGGCUUUGCUGCAGGCCAUUGAUGUUCUGAAGAGAGAGGUGCAGCGUCAGCGGGAAGAGAAAGAAGUCCUAGAAGCAAAUGUGAGAGAGCAGGUGGUCUCUGAGAUGAUGGAGGUCAUCUCUAGAAUGCAAGAUGGUUUCAGUGACACACUGGAUGCUGAGAGGGCGCUCAUUGAAGAGAGGUAUGAAGACAAGAUAAAUAGCCUGCAGAAACACCUGAAGAAAUUCUACACCCAGGAGCUGAAGGAACGUGAUCAGGAGAUUGAAGCUCUGUCUGCUGCUCUUGAGGAAAAAAAGAAGGCAAAUGAAGCAGCCCCCAUGACGGCGCCACCUGGAGACUCUGAGGGCCCUCGCCGCUCUCAGCGCGUCAGUACGCAGAAUGAACUCGGCAGACUGCGCGCUGAACUCGACCAGUGCCGUGCUGAGCUGUGCACCAAGACUCAAGAGGUGACAAAGCUUAAGAUGCAGCUAGAAGUGCCAGGUAGUGCUGGCACUCUCACCUCUGCUGCUGACCGCAAGCUGGAGGAGGGUCAGCGGAACCUGCGUCAGCUGCGGCUGAAUCUGCAGAGGCUGGGGCUGGACCUGCAGUCUGGUGAAAGAGCCUGUUGUCGCAACACAGGAGGGGAAAGGCUGCGCCACGCUUUAACAGCUGCAGAUGAGACUCUAGCCAAACAGGGCCAGAUCCUUAUGGAGCUCCAGAACGACCUGAUGCUGGUCAAAGCCGACUUGAGGCGGAAAGCGCAGACCCUGGCCCAAACACAGUCCCUCCCUCCCCAGCUGCCCCCGUCUGGCUUUGCGGCCCCCAGCAUGCCGGGCUCCUGCAAAAAGAGAGGCUGUGGCGCCGGCGCGCCGAGCGACCCCGAAAACCGUCCGCCGCAAAAACGACAAUUUUUCCAGUCUCUGUUCCCAUCUCGCACCCCAACACGUAAAUACAACACCCGUACGGCCGAGGAUGCAAACCUGACCCCCUCCUCAAGGAUUUUGCGGUCCCGCCAGCCAUCUCCACCUCCUAGUCCGGUCGUCACCCCUCGUAAUUUCAGGGGGAAGUACUGAGCUUUAAAGCAGAACUAAGUUGCUGUUGUCUUUAUAAUAUUCUUUGUUGUUUUUCUACUUUAACUGUUUUAUUGGCAUCAACGGAACUGUUAAUGCUUUAAGCUGAGGUAAAGCUGCUCAGUGGCUUAGUGACUGUAUGGUUAAAAUAGUCCAUGUGUGUUAAUCAACCUGCUCUGCCUCUGCAACUCCACUUUGUGCCUUUGUGCUGUACUCCCCCCACCAAACAACAAAUCCUACAAACACAUUUGACCAGCCUGAAUAUAAUCAUGCUUUAAAACUGUAGUAAAUUAUUUUAGCCUUUCCAGUCAGUCCCUGCAAAGACUGGAUGCUGUAAACUAUUUACAUAUAAACAGUACUGAUGAGCAAUGAAGUGAGAAGUCAAACUCCCAUUUGUAUGCUUUGUGCUGUAAACUUUAGACUGUAGUGUGUGUGCGUGUUCGUAUAUACAUGUUAAUCUUGUCUGAAUGUUUGCUCUUGAACAUUUUAUUUGGGAUUCUUUUUGUACUAUUGCACCAUUAAACCUUAUCAAAACCAA